GCAGGGCAAUGGGACUGCAGCUUUUGGAGGCAUCUGGUAAAGCUGGCACUGCCCACCAACUACAGAUUCUGCAAGUGCAACUCUGAGAGUAUCUGGAUUGUAGAGGAGGAGGACAUGCUCAGAGCUUCAGCUCCCUCUCAGAAUAUUUCCAAGACAAAGAUCUUUAUAAGGUUAAAGAAAUUUCCUGAGACUGUGUUUCCAGUUUCCUACUCUUGAGGAAUGGAAGGAAUAAAUCAUUAAGAAAGUAUUAAUUUUGACAAGUCCCCGAGACAUCUGAACUGUGAGUGCUCAGUAGGUCUAUCUGAGCUUCCUAAUGUGCUUUCAGCCACAGCUCUGCCUGUGGGCAGCACCAGCAUCACCUUUACUAGACCCAUCAGGACUAGUCUGAGCUGUCCUUUUUGCACCUGCAAACGGAAUACGACCCCUACCAGUGCAGCCUGUGGUGCUGGGGAAGGAGCUGAGUCUGCUUAAGUCAAAUGCCAUCAUAAGGACACCUGGCUGUCUCCCUGAGGUUUCCUUCCAAGCUGUGAAUUCUCCUCCAGAUUGAAAAACUGUCCCUAAACAUCUCCUUGUUAUGUGGAACCCCUGUACAGAAGCACAGUGAUGCUACAACAGUGAAAAUGCUGUUGAGUAGGGACCCAGCACUGGAGCUGAAGGAAGAUCUCCUAGGAAAUCAAAAGGCUGUCUGUGUGUGACAUGGGGAGUGUCUGUAGAACACAGCUUUGACUUUGUUUAGAUAAGUCCACGCUAACUGGCCUCUUACUGUCUUCUUCUCCUGUGUUGGAAACAAAAACCCAGAGGCAGCAAAUGUCCAACAGCAGCUCCCUCACCCAGUUCCUCCUCCUGGCAUUGGCAGACAGGAGGGAGCUGCAGCUCCUGCACUUCUGGCUCUUCCUGGCCAUCUCCCUGGCUGCCCUCCUGGCCAACGGCCUCAUCCUCAGCACCAUAGCCUGUGACCACCACCUGCACACCCCCAUGGGCUUCUUCCUGCUCAACCUCUCCCUCACAGACCUGGGCUGCAUCUGCACCACUGUCCCCAAAGCCAUGCACAAUUCCCUCUGGGACACCACAACCAUCUCCUACACAGGAUGUGCUGCACAGCUCUUUUUCUUUGUCUUUUUCAUGUCAGUAGAGUUUUCCCUCCUGACCAUCAUGUGCUACGACCGCUACGUUGCCAUCUGCAAACCCCUGCACUACGGGACCCUCCUGGGCAGCAGAGCUUGUGCCCACAUCGCAGCAGCUGCCUGGGCUGCUGGGUUUCUCCAUACUCUACUGCACACAGCCAAUACAUUUUCCCUGCCCCUGUGCCAGGGCAAUGCCCUGGGCCAGUUCUUCUGUGAAAUUCCUGCCAUCCACAAGCUCUCCUGCUCACACUCAGGCUACCUCAGGGAAAUUGGGCUCAUUGGGGUUAGUGUCUGUUUAGUGUUCUGUUGUUUCAUUUUCAUUGUUUUCUCCUAUGUGCAGAUCUUCAGGGCUGUGCUGAGGAUCCCCUCUCAGCAGGGACGGCACAAAGCCUUUUCCACGUGCCUCCCUCACCUGGCCGUGGUCUCCCUGUUUGUCAGCACUGCCACAUUUUCUGACCUGAAGCCCCCCUCCAUCUCCUCCCCAUCCCUGGACCUUGUGGUGGCAGUUCUGUACUCAGUAUUACCUCCAGCACUGAACCCCCUCAUCUACAGCCUGAGGAACCAGGAGCUCAAGGAUGCCCUGAGAAAAAUGAUGACUGGAUGCUUUUCAAUAGCAAUAACCUGCCUCUUUUCUUCUGCACAACACUCAUUGUGUAACACUUUACUGGCCCAGCCUGCUUUCUAAAGCUUUUGAGGGUGGUGGUGGGGGCUGUUUCCUACAUUUUUUCGUCUUUAAAUGUUGUUAACACAGAAAUUUAUUCCUCAUAUCAUACCUAAUUCACUCUCUACCUCUUUGUUUUGACCCACAGUUGUGUAAAUGAGGAAUCAUUCUCUGUGUGCACUUAAACAAAAUAAAAGUUCCUGCAGCAACUUCUUUGUCAAACAUCCUGCCUUUGUUAUUCUGUACAUGAGGAAUCACAAUCUCUGAGUAGAAU